AUGGAUCAAGCCAGACAACAAGGAAGAAGACGGAAUUUCCGGGGCAAGCGCAGUGGCCCGUCUGCGGGCGGUCACGGGCAUGCGGCCGAGCAGACGCGCGAGCAGACGCCUCUGCAGCCAGAGCUGCCGGGCGUGGCAACGCCCACAUUGACAGAGGCGAUUCCGCCCGACACGCCGCGAUUUGCCGACCUGAACGCGAGCCGGACAAUUGUGGACCCUGUGCUGAUCGAGACCAUCACCAAGGACCUGCGGUUUGACCACAUGAUGCCGGUGCAGGCGGCGACGAUCCACCAGCUGCUGCCGCCCGCCCGCAACGAUUGCCUCGUGCAGGCGAAGACGGGCACGGGCAAGACGCUGGGCUUCCUGCUACCGGCCAUCCAGACGAUGCUGAACCGACAGGGCGGUGCAGGCGGCAAGCGGAGCGGGAUCUCGCUGCUGGUGCUGGCGCCGACACGCGAGCUGGCGAUGCAGAUCGCCAAGGAGGCGACGAACCUGCUGCAGCGGAUGCCAGCGCGACGGGUGUGCAUCGCCGUCGGUGGGACGAACAAGAACCAGGAGGAGCGGCAGAUCCUGGCGGGCUGUGACAUCUUGAUCGCGACGCCGGGACGAUUGAUCGAUCACGUGACCGGAACGACGGCCAUCAAGCAGGCGCUCGGUCGGCUCGACACGCUGGUGCUGGACGAGGCCGACCGACUGCUCGACAUGGGCUUCCUGGGCGCGCUGCAGAGCAUUCUGGCCUGCCUGCCGUCCAAGUCGGCGACGCAGUGGCAAGGCAUGCUCUUCUCGGCCACGGUGCCGUCGCAUGUGGCCCAGGUGGCCGACCUCGUUCUCGCGGCCGGCUACAAGUCCAUCUCGACGAUCCCGGCCGGCGAGGCACCCACGCACGCACGCGUGAUGCAGCUGCUGAUCCAGGCGCCGUCGUUUGCGGCGCUGGCACCGGCGCUGAUUGGGGCGAUCCGGCAGGAAAAGACGCGACUUGCGAGCAGCCUUCCGGCCAAUGCGGCAUCGGUCUUCAAAGCGAUCGUGUUUGCGCCGACGGCGGCGCUGGCAGACUUUUAUGGCCUCCUGCUGGCCAACCUGUCGGACAUGCCGCCGUCCUGGACGCUGCACGCACGCCACGCCCAGUCGAAGCGGACCAACAUCACGAGCGCGUUCCGUGGCGCGGCCAGCGGCAUCCUCGUGGCCACCGACGUCGUGGCGCGCGGCAUGGACUUCCCAGCUGUCACGACCGUCUUCCAGGUCGGCAUCCCGAUGGACAAGGAGUCGUACAUUCACCGGCUCGGCCGCACGGCUCGUGGAGCUGCCGCCACAGCUGCGGCCGAUCUGGCCACCGACAUUGCAGCGGCCCAGAGCCGAGGCGUCUUCAUAAUCUCGGCGGACGAGGCCUUUUUUCCCCGUCGCGUCCUGCAGGAGAUCCAGUUCGUUGAGCAGCCGGCGGACCUGUCGUGCGAGCGCCAGCUGGCGCCCAUCAUCGACGCCAUGGACGAGGCCAUGGUCGCCAAGACAUACCAGGCCUGGCUCGGCUACUACAAGAGCCACAUGAAGCCGCUGCGUUGGGACAAGGACCAGCUGGUCGCGUCGGCCAACAGCUUUGCGCGCGACGGCCUUCACGCCACCAAUACGCCGGCCAUCCAGAAGUCCACCGUCGGCAAGAUGGGCCUGCGCGGCACCCCGGGCCUCGUUGUCGUUCCUGACGCGCCGCGCACACACCACGGAGGCCAGGGUGGUGGCGGUGGUAGAGGCGGCGGUGGUGGUGGAGGACGCAGCAGAGGUGGUGGUGGUGGUGGUGGCGGUGGUGGCCGUCGUCGCUGA